AUGAUGGAGGAGCUGGAUGGGCCUGUGGAAAUAUCGUUGCGCAGUUUGUUUUACUCGAUGAACGAUGAUUUCGCAGCCUUUGGGAUCGAUACGGAGGAGCAGCGAGUCAGCUUCUUCUUGGGCCGCAAGGACGAAAACCACGAAGCACGACGUUCAAUCAUCGAAAAGUAUGCUGUGUUUUCGUCGUGUUCGUCUAGCGAUGACGGAGAGGAGGAGGUCCCACCAGUUGCUGAUAAACCGGUAGACACCAAGGACUCCUUCCUAUCCAAGCUCGAUCCAGCGUUUAUGGAAUACCACUGGUUCUACUCGGCAUCAUUCGGAGCACUCCAGCUACAAAAGCUUCGCGAAGUGGUGGCUGGUAUGGCGGAUGUGAAAAGCGCCGUGAAGAGUGCGCAGAAUCGGCUACAGUCCCUGCAGAAGAUCAUGAAGAUCUUCAACAAAAUCAACGAGUUCAAGGCCAAGAUCGCCGAGUUCGAGGCAAGCGCAAGCCAGAAGGACCGCUUGUUCGGCAACUCGCUCCGACUGCUAGAAGAGGAGCGGUUCCGCAGGAUGGCGGCGAAGCACUACCCCAAUCUGCUGGCAGCGCUCCGGAAGGAAGUAUCACGGUGGCUGGAAAACGAAGACGGCGAGUACGACCUCAGUGUACUCGGAGAGGACCUCAAGAACCUGCUGCUGGACAUGAUGAACACCGACACUGGACUAAUGCAUCUCGACUUGGGCACUGUGCGUCGACCGACAAAGCCAGCGCUCACCCCCAACUCGAGCAGCUCCAACCUGCAAGCACCCAGCACUGGAAGUGGCCAGCGGGCUGCAACUCCAGCUCGCGCUCGCACGAAAUCGCAAAAUGGACGAGCCCAUACUCCGCGAGCCCGGAACCUGAACUUCGACCAGGUGUGA